AUCAUCCUGGAGGUUGAGGAGAUCAGUGUGGAAGCUGGAUGAGCUGAACACGCAGCGUCAGCUGAAGCUUGGUAUCUGAUCUGCUGGGAUGUACAAGAAAGAUAUUUCCCCUACUCUCACCGCUUCUCUCUCUCCAGUCCAGCGUGUGGCGCUAAAACACAUUCGUGUGUUUGUCAAACUCCAUUAAGCCUCGGAGGAAGAAGAUUUGUUUCACGCGCUCUCUGUUGUUUUAAUGUGGUGCUGGUUUAAUACAAACUGUUAGAAAUAUAAUUUCUGUAAACAGAAAAAUACAGUUUUUGAAUCAGGUCAGUAAACACCUGUAAUAAUCUCAUCAUCAUAGUCGUGUCUACGUUUUGAAGCAAAGAUAAAUACAUCGGGAAGAGUAUCAGCUAAAGAUGGUGUUUAUUAAAGAGGAGAUUGAGGAGAACACGAGUGAAAUAAAAAAAGAGGAACCAGAAACCUGGAAAAUAAAAGAAGAGGAACCAGAAACCUGGAAAAUAAAAGAAGAGGAAAAAGAAACCUGCAGAAUAAAACACGAGGAACGAGGAGAGUUUAUUGAAGAAAGUGAGGAGAACAAAAAAUGGAGUGAAGUUGAGGAGAAAAAUCAUGUCAAAACUGGAGAAAAACCUUUGAGUUGCUCUCAAACCAAACAGGAAGAUCUAAAGAAAAGAGCUUUCACCUGCACUCUGUGUGGAAAGAGUUUCACAUACAAAUAUCAUCUUGAUUUUCACCUGAGAGUUCAUACUGGAGAGAAACCGUUCACUUGUAAUCAAUGUGGAAAUAGUUUUGCACACUUAAGAACCCUUAAGAGACACAUGAGAAUCCACACUGGAGAAAAACCUUAUAAGUGUUCACACUGUGACAAGACAUUCAGACACUUAUCGCAUCUAAAAACACAUAAGAGGAUCCACACUGGAGAGAAACCUUAUAAGUGUUCACACUGUGACAAGAGAUUCAAUAAUUCAUCAAGUCUGAAAAUGCAUGAGAGGAUCCACACUGGAGAGAAACCGUACACUUGUGAUCAGUGUGAGAAGUGUUUCACACGCUUAUUACAACUGAAGGAUCACUUGAACAUCCACGCUGGAGAGAAACCCUACUCAUGUGUUCAAUGUGAUAAAACAUUUAUGAGGGCUUCAAACCUGAAGAAACACCUGACAGUUCAUACAAAGGAGAAGCCGUAUUCACGCUUUUCAAAUUUGAAAGGACAUCAGAAAAUACAUACUGGUGAGAGAGAGUACAUGUGCUCUGAGUGUGGAAACACUUUCACUUCAGCGGACAGUUUAAAACAGCAUGAGAGGAUCCACACUGAAAAAAAACCAUUUGAGUGUUCACACUGUGACAAGAGAUUCAGAAACUCAUCUUAUCUGAAAACGCAUGAGAGGAUCCACACUGGAGAAAAACCAUUUGAGUGUUCACACUGUGACAAGAGAUUCAAUCAGUCAGUACAUCUGAUAACACAUGAGAGGAUCCACACUGGAGAAAAACCUUAUGAGUGUUCACACUGUGACAAGAGAUUCAGAAACUCAACGUAUCUAAAAACACAUGAGAGGAUCCACACUGGAGAGAAACCAUACACAUGUAGUCAGUGUGAGAAGUGUUUCACACGCUCAGCACACCUUAAGGAUCACAUGAACAUCCACACUGGAGAGAAACCUUAUAAGUGUUCACACUGUGACAAGAUAUUCAGAAACUCAUCAUAUCUGAAAACACAUGAGAGGAUCCACACUGGAGAGAAACCGUACACUUGUAGUCAGUGUGACAAGUGUUUCACACACUCAUCACAACUUAGGGAUCAUCUGAACAUCCACGCUGGAAAGAAACCCUACUCAUGUGUUCAAUGUGAUAAAACAUUUUUGAGGGCUUCAGACCUGAAGAAACACCUGACAGUUCAUACAAAGGAGAAGAAUUCAAGUUUUUUUGGGUGAAAAGAUUUUUUCAAUUGUGAAAAUAUAUCGGAAAACACAUACUGGUGUAAAAAAGUGCAAGUGCUCCAAGUGUGAAAAGACUUUUACGUCGGGGCAGUUUAAAACAGCAUGAGAGGAUCCACACUGGAGAGAAACCUUAUUAGUGUUCGCACUGUGACAAUAGAUUCAGGCCCCGUCCACACAGAGACGCGUUUCUGUGAAUACGCACAAUUUUUUUAAUAUAUAGGCGUUUCGUCCACACGCAUCUGCCGUUUUUGUAAGGUGAAAUCGCUAUUUUUUGAAACCGAGUCCCAGAGUGGAUAAAUUUGAAAACGCUGUCUUUGCGUUUUCGUCUGGACGGCUAAUCCGUAUAUUUUCAGAAACAAUGACGUCAUCAGCCCACGUCUCCCCCUAG